AAUGUCUAUUAUUUCCUCCAAUUGGCCGGCUGGGCUUCGAGCAGGACAGCAGCCGUCUCUGUUGGUCCUAGUCACCUCCAGCUCCAGAAGCUCCCUCUCAUCACUCCAGACUCCAGAGCCCAGUCACCUGGCAUGGAAGCUCCAUAGUUUAAAGACCUCCCUCUGACACGUGUCACCUUCCCGCCACACGUGUCCACACGCGAGCAAGCCUCGCUCGUAUUUAGAACGCGUCUCGCGACGAUCCUCCGGCGACCUCUCCCGUCUGAGAGAUCGAUCGACCUCGAACUCGAUCGACGAUCAUCGCGCGCGCCACCAAGAAAACCUCACCACUCUCACCGGAAUCGUUUCAGCCAUGGCGGCCGCCGCGCACGAAGGCAUGACCCACCGCGUGGCCACAAGCAGGAACGACGGCGGCGGCAGUGACGCCGCGGCGGUCUCGGGUCCUAACAAGAAGCCCGGCGGUGGCGGUGGCGGUGGCGGUGGCGGCCGCGUCAGCAGCAGCAGCAGCAGCAGCAGCAGGCGAGGGCUCCGCUCGCUCGCCGCCGCGGUAUCCCUCUCGGCGGCGCUGACGGCGCUGUCCUUCUUCUUCGCCGCGGGCGGCGGGCACUCCUCGUCCUCGCCGCCUUCGGCGUCGACGACGACGGUGGCGAUGGUGCGUGCGGGGUCGGUGGCGUCGGAGGCGGUGCUGGCGCUGGCGGCGUGGAUGGCGUGGGCGGAGGGCGGGGUGCACGCGCGGCCGGCCGCCACGCUGCUCCCCUACGCCGCGCAGCUGGGCGCGGCCCUGGCGUGGGCGCCGCUCGUGCUGGGCCAGGGCCACGCCGCGGCGCCGCGCGCCGGACUCGCCUGCUGCGCCGCCAUGGCCGCGGCCGCCGUGGCGUGCGCGCGCGGGUUCGGCGCCGUUAACCCCGUCGCUGGCGACCUCGCCAAGCCCGCCGUCGCAUGGGCCGUCAUCCUCGCCGUCGUCAACUACAAGAUGCUCUGAGCUCUCCCCACCUUUGUGCAUGCAGCAGGGCCUCCGUACCACACUCUUCUUCUUCUUCUUCUUCUUCUUCUUCUUCUUUCUCGCGAGUGCACAGUGUUUUGGUGUGAUACGUUCUGUAUACCGUAUGACGCUUUGUAGCGACUUGCUCCCUACUACACAUGUACGUACUACUCUUGCCGUGUGGUGUGUGAACAUUACAUAUCCUUUGUUUCCUUGGUUUACUGCUCUUGUGUGCGUUACGAUUGUGAUGUGUAUAUAUACAAAUAUAUUUGGAGGGA